AUGUUAAUAUGGAAACCACAAUGUGUUUGUUUCCAGGUGGAACGACCAAUUGAUGGGGAUGACACCGCCCUGAAUUCGAUUAAACUAUAUUGUUCUUCCUAUAGAAGCAGAGACGUUGGUGACACAAUUACAUCUACAACCGGAGGUUGGGGGGACUGGACUUACGUUUCCUGGUGUCCUAGUGGAAAUCUUAUAAGUUUUGCCUUGAAGGUUGAGCCACCACAGGGUAAAGGAGACGACACAGCGGCCAACAACAUCAUGAUGCAAUGUUCAGAUCACACCAUUCUAGGAGGAAAUGGUGGCCCCUGGGGAAAUUAUGGGAGCUGGAGUGGAAUUUGCCCCGGUGGUAUCUGUGGUAUCCAAACCAGAGUGGAAGGUUCACAAGGCAAAGGAGAUGACACCGCGCUCAAUGAUGUCCGCUUUGAAUGUUGUCCAACAUAA